AUGGCUCCUAGAAGGAAUGCGCAAUCGGUCAAUGCCGAGCUCUCGAUUGUUCAUCUAAAGAACUGCUUGGUCAACCUUCCCCCCACCUUGGUGUCGCUGCUCGUCAAUGUGAACACGCCUGCUCAGAAUGUCGUCGUCGAGCUCACCUUCCGCGGCCCCGCACCGGGAACACAGUCGUCGUCAGGCACACAUGAGCGAUCGGUCUUUGUCGGUUGGACGGGCAUGCCAAGCAAGCGACGAACUGCAGCUCCUGUUAACCGCGACACUGGAAGAAUCUCAUCGCGCGAUCAAGAUGUUCAGCUUGUCGAAAUUGACGCCACGCUGGCUCACACACUCGGCCUCAGCGAUGGCCAAAAAAGCAUGGCCACGGUUCACGUCGACCCCCCAAUCGCACAUACCAUCAACAUUGAGCCAAUGACCCCCGAAGACUGGGAGAUCAUUGAGCUUCACGCGACCUUUCUCGAACUCAAUCUGCAAUCGCAAAUCCGUGCGCUGCCGAAUCCAGCCUACACAGGCUCGGGCGACAAGCCAAUCCCUCCACAUCCUCUCACGCUCCAUCUCUCUCCGACUUCGACAGCCAAUAUCAAAAUCAUCUCUCUCGACCCCGCACCUCCCUCAAGCGCGCCAUUUGCGAAGCUGUCUCCUAAUGCAGAAGUCAUUGUGGCUCCCAAGACUCGCGCUAAGCAAACUCAGAGCAGCAGCGACCACAGAAGCGUCGCCAGCACCUCACGAUCGAGACGCAGUGCCACGAGCACCGUUCGCAAAAAGGGCGCAAGAGAGGAACCGAAGCCGACCAUGUUUCUUCGUGCGAUCGACAGAUCAUACUGCGCAGAUUGGUUCGAUGUCACCGCCCCAAUCCAGGAUCUCGUGGUCUGGGUCGAUCGCGACCGUCUUUUCACCAACGAAUUUCGCGGGGUCAACUUUGUCAUCGUCGAUGUGAUCCGCCCCGCUGGCCUACAAAAACCCCAACCUGAAGGAGAAGCCGCACAAGCUCAAACGCCUGCCUCGUCAAAAGUUAUUGCACGGCUUUUACCAUGGGACGACCCUCCGAAUGGGCAAGCUGCGGCGCUUUCAGCACCUCUCUGCGCUUCACUCGGAUGUACUGGUAUCGUUGGCGGCGUAAUCAAGCUUCAGGCUGCGCCACAGCAACUAGGGCGCAACGCUGUUCAGGUUGUCAGAGUCUUUCCCUUUGCCGCGAGCACGAAAUCGACCGAAGGCUUGCGCUUCGGCAGUGAAACAAAGGCAGAAAAGGAAGAGUCGGCAAAGCGAUUCAGGCACAUCUACGCCGGCUCCAAGGAGAAGCCUGGUCUUCUGCAAGGUCCUGUAACGGACGGUAUUGUUGUUGGCUUGUACGAAGGGCUUGACGCGCCCCAGGGUUGGGAAGGUGGCAUCAUCCGAUUUGAAUAUGGAUCCGACCAUGAGCAGACAAAAGACUCAACAAAUUGGCUCGCCGGUAUGGACCACAAACUGCAAAUCGAAUUUCAGCCUCCGGUGCCUCGGCCCUCUUGGAUUCUUGGGUCUGACGAAUUCGAGCUUCAAUCAGCACAUGAUUCUGCGCUUGUCGGUAUCAGCAACCUGCUUACAAACCUGGAAUCGCACCUCUCACACCUUUCUUCCGUUCUGUUGACAGGAACUAUGGGUUCUGGUAAAACGGCAGUGGCAAAACACAUGGCCGAGAAGCUGCGCAAAGACACACUCUUUUACACGGUCUACUUUUCAGGCCGAAAGCUUGUCACAGAUGAGACGAGAAUAUCGACUAUCCGAGAGACACUCGAGCGCCUGUUCAUGUCUGCCAGCUGGGGAGCUCGAUUAGGAGGCAAAGGUAUCGUGAUUCUAGAUGAUCUCGACAAGCUUUGCCCUGUCGAGACGGAGCUCCAGGUUGGCAACGAUAACGGACGAAGUCGCCAAGUCAGCGAAGCGGUACGAUCGAUAGUGCGACAGUACUGCACACGCGACAGCAACAUUGUUCUUCUGGCUACUGCCGAAGGCAAAGACUCUCUCAACAACGUGGUCAUCAGCGGCCACGUCCAAAAUGCUGUCGCAAUGGACGAUAUAGACAAUAUUAGCAGCAACAGCAGACCGACAACCGCCGAUGGUAGUAAUAUUGAAGAGAACGGAGACUGGUUGCAUGGAGCAGAUCAGCCUGUUGCUGCUGCCCCAAACUCUGUCAGUAGCGGAUUCAUCCUCGAUUCGGAUCUCGACUUCCUCGACAUUGCUGGCCAAACAGACGGUUAUAUGCCUGGAGAUUUGACAGUCGUUAUUUCCCGUGCUAGAAACGAGGCCAUCAUCCGGGCUCUCAGCGAGUCUCCCAAUGAUACUUCCGGGGGCUCCAUUCGUCUCAGCCGUGUCGACUUUGACAAGGCUUUGAAGGGGUUUACGCCCGCCUCUUUGCGGAAUGUCUCGCUCCAGAGUUCGACAACUACGUUCAAGUCGAUUGGUGGUCUUCAAGAAACACGAAAGGUCCUGCUAGAGACACUGCAAUACCCCACAAAAUACGCUCCCAUCUUCUCACAAUGUCCCUUGCGACUUCGGUCUGGUCUCCUCCUCUACGGAUUCCCUGGCUGCGGCAAGACACUGCUUGCCAGUGCUGUGGCUGGUGAAUGUGGUCUAAACUUUAUCAGCGUCAAGGGGCCCGAGAUUUUGAACAAGUACAUUGGUGCUUCGGAGAAGAGUGUGCGUGAUCUGUUUGAUCGUGCCCAGGCGGCAAGGCCUUGCGUCUUAUUCUUUGAUGAGUUUGACUCGAUAGCCCCCAAGCGUGGCCAUGACUCGACCGGUGUGACGGACAGAGUGGUCAAUCAGCUGCUAACACAGAUGGAUGGUGCCGAAGGCUUGUCUGGGGUGUACGUGCUCGCGGCAACGUCUCGUCCUGAUCUCAUCGACCCAGCUCUUCUCCGACCUGGCCGUCUCGACAAGUCUCUACUCUGCGACAUGCCCGCUCCCGAGGACCGUCUCGACAUUCUCAAGGCGUUGUUUCAAAAGGUCCGACUCUCCGACGAGCUCGCCGAGUCGGAAGACGCGUGGGAGGAAAUUGCCCGACGCACAGACGGCUUCUCCGGCGCAGAUCUCCAGGCUCUCGUGUCCAACUCGCAGCUCGAGGCAAUUCAUGAUGUUCUCGAUGUCGGCGGCGCAUCGUCCACUGUCCGCGGCAAGAGCGGCGGCCAGAACGGGGCGCGACGCAGCGCAGCUCCGAGCUUCGUGCAGUUCCGCUACGGCGCCGACGCCGACCAGUCCGUCAAGCCCGCGCCUCAGAGCAAGUCGGCCGCCCUCACGGAGCAGGCCGCCAUGACGUCCAAGCUGGAGCAGAUUAAGCUCGCGCGCCGCAAGGAGAAGCAGGCGCACAAGGGCUCGGUCGGCCUUGCAAACGCUGCCUCGACCAACGGCGACGGCGGCAAGGCGUCGCUGGACCAGAAGGAGGUGGUUAUUGGCUGGGAGCACCUCGUCAAAGCGCUUGACAACACGCGUGCCAGCAUCAGCAAGGAGGAGAGGAGCCGCCUAGAGCGCAUAUACCACGAGUUUGUGGCCGGCCGCAGCGGCAAGAUGAAGGAUGGGCAAGGAAGCACGGAGAUUGGAGGCCGUAGUAGUCUCAUGUAA